AUGAUUCUUUCAGAUCUCUCUAAUCAACAAUUUGCCAUGAAAGAUCUUCCAACUGGACAAGAUUUACAGUUAUUAUCUACUAUGUCUACUGAUGUUCCUACACAACAAAUUAAUAAUUUAAAUUUAAUUUCCUAUGAUAAUUCUAAUUUAGAAAAUUCUUCUAAUUGUCUAAAUGUCAUAAUGGAUAAUUCUAAUUUAGAAAAUUCUUCUAAUUGCCUAAAUGUUAUAAUGGAUAAUUCUACUAAAAAUAAAAUUGUGGAUAUUAUGUCGCCGGAGGACAAAUGUAUCAGUGAUAUUGAUAUGGUCAAUGAUUCUGAUAGCAAUCCUUCUAAAACUGAUAAUGAAUCACCUACUAAUUCUGAUAAAUAUUUAUUAAUCGAACCAACGUUAAAUGAUAGUAUAUUAAAAACUAAUAAGGGUAAUGAGAAAAUUGAUGAAGAUACUUCUGCAAUAACUCCAGUAUCUAUGGAUGUUCCUCCUUCAUCGGUAGAAUCAACAUUAUCACAUGAAUCUGCAGAUGUUGUUAAUUGUAAUUGUUCGUGUGCACCAAUUGUUGUAGAAUUAAAACAAAAGUGUGAUAUGCUUGAAGAAGUAUUAAUUAAAUUAGCUGAUAAAGGUGAAUCCCGGUAUAAAAAAGUCAAUAAUAUAUUAAAUCAAUUGCAAGAACAUAUUAAAUCUGGAAAAUGUAUAUCUCAUGAUCGAAUUCCACACUCUGCUUCUACAUCAAAUCGAUCCAGUGCCUCUCCUGCACUUACAACUGCAUCGGUUUCAUCGUCACACUCUGUUGAAUCUUCAAAGAUCAAUAAUGGUUUAAAUAAAAAUCCGAGGAAAAGAAAAUCAAAAAGUAACAGUGCUUUAUCUGAAUUUGAAAAUAAAUCAAAAAUGGUUAAUGAAUCAAUAGGUAACACUGGUGGUCUUGACCUUAUUUCCUCACUAGCUGCUUUGUCAAGUAGUACUGCAAAUGCUGGCAACUUUUCUUUAACAUCAAAAUUACAAAAUAUAGAUGUAAAUAAAGCUGAUUCAGUGAUAAAUAUUAUGAAGGAAUUAGCCGCUGCACAGACAUCUAAUAUUAAAGUGGCACAGGAUUCGUGUAAUGUCAAUAAACAAUGUAAUGUACCUGAAAAAUUGGAUUUUAUGUCUACUAUUGCAUCAACAAUGAAGAAUAAUGAAGAUAACAAAAGUUUGAUUCCACCAAGUUUAACUUUACAAAAUGAUAUUAAAAGUGAAAAUAUUGGUGAAACAUUUAGUCAACUCAUGGAAGUUGAGAAACCCCAGAAGCAAAUGAAAAAAGAAAUGACAUCUUCAACAUCUAUUCUAGAAAAUGAAUCAAAUAGUGUUAAUUUGAUGUCAAGUAUAGCUGGUCUUGCUUCUUCAGGAGAAAAUAAAAGUUGGUUACCACUAAUGAUUAAUUCUCCACAUUUUUCAAACAAUGAAAAUGCUCUUCAAUCUUUUGCUCAAUUAAUAGAAGGAGGAAAACCAAUGAAAAAAAUUAGGAAAAAACGUUCACCUAAAAUAAAGGUUAAAACAGAAGACUCCGAAAACGGUGAUAAUAUACAAAACGGUGUAAAAACAGAAUUUGAUCCAUUGGCAGAUUGUUCAAAUAUUGUGCCUGAAGGCAGCAUGACGGAAAAUGAUGGGCAAACUAUUUGUCAUAAUUGUGGAACAAACAGUACAACAGCCUGGAGAAGAGAUCUUGUUGGAAAUUUAGUGUGUAACGCUUGUGGUUUAUAUUAUCGUCUACACAAGACUGAACGACCACCGCAUUUAAGGAAAGAUAAAAUACAAUCUAGAUUCCGUAAAUCAAAAAAAGAUGAUGCUAAUCAAACGGUGAAUUCUAUGGAUAUUUCAAUGAACACAACAUCUCAAAAUGACUCAACAUUAGAUAGCAGCGCCCUGAACAAUUCAAUUAUAAGUAAUUCACACAACAGUUCUUCAUUAGGACAGGGUACAUUAAAUAAUUUAUCUGAAUUCAGUAAUUCUUAUAUUGGUAAUCCUGCCUUAAAUAAUGCCUCAACAUUACAAUAUUCUCAAUCUUUUAGCAACAUUUUUAAUAUAUUGAAUCAACAAACAAUGAAUGAUUUGCUUGCUGGAAAUUUUAAUAAUUUUUCUCUUUUUAACCAACCCAAACUUCCUCAAGCAACUACACAUGAUUUAUUAUCCGCUGCUAAUAUUGCUUCGACAUAUUCAAUGUGA